CCAAUGAACCUUGUGCAUUUGGGCGAAUGUAUUGGCAGGGGUAACUUUGGAGAUGUAUACAAGGGAGAACUCGUGAAGACCUCUCAAGUGGUUGCAGUUAAAAUCAUUGACCUUGAGAAGUCAGAGGACGACAUUCCUGUCUUGAUUCAGGAAAUCAAAUUUCUGAAAGGCCUCAAGUCUCCGUAUAUCACGAAUUGCUAUGAGACUUAUAUUAAAGAUGUUACUAUGUGGAUUGUUAUGGAGUAUUGUGGCGCUGGAUCCUGUGCUGACUUUCUCAAAUGUUUCAAAAAAUUAGACGAGAGGGUUGUUGCCUUCAUCUUACGAGAUACGGUUCGAGGUUUGGAGUACCUUCAUUCAAUGAAUAAAGUGCAUAGAGACGUGAAGGCAGCGAAUAUCUUGGUCACAGAUCACGGACAAAUCAAACUGGCAGAUUUUGGUGUGAGCGGACAGCUCACAGAGACUAUGAACAAGAAGGAGACGUUCGUGGGCACGCCAUUUUGGAUGGCUCCUGAGAUAAUAUUAAGACGUGACGGCUAUAAUGAAAAAGUUGACAUUUGGUCUUUGGGUAUCACGGCUAUCGAGCUGGUAACUGGAUUCCCUCCCUAUUCUAAUGAAGAGCCAAUGCGGGCAAUCUUUGAGAUUCCUGAUCGUCCGGCACCUAUUUUAACAGGGGAUCAGUUUAGUGCUCAUUUAAAACAGUUUGUGAAAGACUGUUUAAACAAAGAGCCAAGCCGAAGACCAUCGGCCAAAGCUCUGUUGAAAACAAAGUUGCUCUACAAGGUCAAGAGCAGAUACAGUCCCAUGCUACCUCUAAUCACUGAGAAGAAAUCUAAGAUGCAGAGAUUUAAGAAAAAACCCAAAUUCUCGUUAAAUUUUGAAGAGAAGCGUAGUGGCCAAGACAUCCACUGGAAUUUUGAUCCAACGGUCAAAUUGACCUCUCUGCAAAUAAGC